AUGGCGGACCCCCUCUCGGUAUCGGCCAGUAUCGCGGGUAUCAUCAGCCUAGCGGACAUUGUAUUUCGACAUGUAUUUCACUAUGCACGCGCAGCUGCCGGGGCUAAGGAUGAGAUCCAAGCUCUCUCAACCGAAAUCCACGACCUCGGGGGAGUCCUCCGUAAUUUAGACGCCCUUUGUCGCACACUCGAGACUGAGCCCAACCAAGGCUUCGACCCCAGCCUUCGACUUCACUGCCUUUUUCAGAUUCAGGACACAUUCGACAAAAUUGAAAAGAGGCUUAAAAAGUCCACUGAAGCUUUUAAGAAGCGUGCUAAGCUGAAUGAACUUUGGGAGAAACUCAAAUGGCCAUUCUCCAGCUCUGAAACCAAAGAUUUGCUUGCGAAGCUAUCUCGCUACAAAGAAACACUGACUCUUGCGGCCUCUGUGGACACCAUCAACGAGUUGCAAUUGCUUUUGACAAAGCAGAUCGAGCAAGGACAGAAAAUCGAGCAUUUGGACCGUAAAUUGGACGGCAUCAGAGCGUGCGCCGAAAUUCCUCUCAAAAUCAUGUUAGAUGACCGUAAGAGAAACGUCCUUGAUUUCUUCCUCAAACCAGAAACAAACCCCCAGAUCAACCUUGAUCAGAGCAUCAAACUUCGACAUCCCACAACUGGUCGGUGGCUUUCCAAUGAUGAGACCUAUCGAAAUUGGUUUGAUCAUCCUGGGUCCAGGCUGUGGCUCAACGGACUCGCUGGCGGAGGUAAAACAAUUCUGGCUGGAGCCGUGAUCCAAGAUGCUCUGUCAUCCAGUUCAGCCGACGUUGGGGUUGCCUUCUUUUUCUGUGACUAUAAAAAGGAGGCCACCCUCACGCCAGUUAACAUUCUUGGGGGCCUUGCUUCACAACUUGCCCGCCAGCGGGAUGAGUUCUUCGACAUAUUGCAGAAAUAUCGCGAAGAGCUCCAUCCAGUUCGAGGACUGGAUAAGCUGGCUGAUGCAGAUGAACUAAGGGCGCGCCUUUCUUUGAUGGCCGAAAGGCUUAAGAAUUUUAUUGUUGUUGUCGACGGCAUCGACGAGUGUGGAGAUUAUACAUCCGAUGUACUCGAAAUGUUGGUGGAGCUGGCGGAUACAGCCGAGAAUGUGACAAUCGCGUUAUUCAGUCGGCAUGAAGUUGUUAUCCAAGAUUAUCUUCAGAGCUUUGACAAAAUCCCCAUUGCGGCCCACACUGAAGAUCUGCGGGACUAUGUGAGGGCUGAGUUGGAACAGCGGACUCACUCGGGUCGCUUGUCUUUGAACAAUAUGGAUCUAAAAAACGAGAUUGGAGAAGAGCUUGUGAGAAGAGCUAAUGGGAUGUUCCGUUGGGUGGUAUGUCAACUUGACUAUCUCUGUGAGUUUUCCACAGAUGAUGACAGACGCGAAGCUCUGAAGGAGCUGCCCCCAACCCUUCACGAAUCUUACACCAGGUUACUGGUCAGAAUACAUGGAAGACCCCUAAAAGUCAGUAAGAUGGUUCAGAUGUGCCUCCAUUUUAUCGCCUUCUUCCCUUGGGGCUUGUCUAUUCAAGAGCUCUGCCAGGCAGUGUCGGUACCGGAAGGCGUUGGUGUUCCUCUCAGUGAAUCACGCAUGGUUAGCGAAAGAGACAUUUUACGAGAGUGCAGCAGCCUCAUUCGAGUUUCUGCCAAUGGUAAAAGUUUCGAGUUUGCACACUUCACCGUCCAAGAGUUCCUUCAAGACAGUAGCCUGUUGCGAGUUCCAGACCUUGGGGACUUCCAUAUGAGCAAGAUAAAAAGCAACCUGAUCUUGGCUACUCAAUGUGUGAGGUUCUUGCAGUUAAGGAACUUUGACAGGCAACCUUCAAAAACAGAAGAAUGGUGGAACUAUAAAUUGGAGAGGACCACCUCCUAUCCGUUUUAUGAUAAAGCCGCUGUUGCCUGGCCUAUUCUUUCUCGGGAACGGUUAGAAAGCGGAGAGUUACUCGACGCGCUGAAACAGUUGUUUCAUCCUUUCAAAACUUCAUUUUUCCUUCCUUGGGCCGAAGACCUAAUUGACUUUGUAAUGGAGGGAAUGAGCAUAGGGAUUACCAGGUGGCAGCAAUUACAGACAAGGUUUGACGGCGCCCUACAGGGCAGAUACUCUCCAGUCCGGAUCAUAGAAGACGGCAUCAAACCUCUGCAUCUUUCAGCGAUUUUGAAUAUCCCUGAGAUAACAGCUUUUCUUCUUUCAAAGGAGGACAAGACUGUCGUGCAUGCGAAGUCGCGACUUGGUACACCAUUGUACUUGGCAGAAGCAUCCAUCUUAGGCAUUCCCAUCCGACCCAACAACGAUAAGAAGUCAGGCUUCGAUUCUAACCUCUGUGCCGUUGGCCGUCGGCGUAUGGAGACAAUAUCAUACCUUGCUAAGGCUGGCGCGGAUUUUUCUAUGCUGCCGGACGACUCAAGGGUUUUCUCUGAAGCAGGCAUUAUCGGUUCUAUGUUAAAGUCGUUUGACUCAAGCCUUCAAUUAUUAAAGGCGGGGUUUGUGCCAUCUGAUCAUGAUAUUCGGGCAUUUGCCCGCUUCUUGUCCUCAACAAAUUCAAAACCAGAUGAUCACGAGCUAGAAUCAUCCUUUCUUGAGAUUCUAGGUUAUCUUAAGAAUUCACACGCCUACAACUCCACAUGGGGGUUUGAGCUUGGAAAAUGCCUCUGGUCCGCCUGCGUGGAGUCGAAUUUCUCAUUCACGAAACAUCCAGAACUCACAUAUACAAGAAUUUCGUUAUCAGAAGAGACUUUAAUGGACAAAAUAGUCACCGCCAUCAAGAGAGAUGAUGUAGAACAGCUGAGAGUCUGUCUACAAGACCCACGUGCUAGCAUUACCGACAACGGUCAUGGAGGUACCUUGUUACACGAUGCCGUCAAGAAUAGUGCACUGCAUUGCACGCGGCUUCUUCUCAGCCUAAAAAGUAACCCAUCCGCCAGAGACGAGGCAGGUCAAUCACCUGUGUAUUGGUGCCGUCUCUGCGAGGAUGUUGAAAUAUUAAAACUGCUUGUGGAAUAUAACACCGACGUUUUUUCGCAAGAUAACUUGGGCCGAAAUGUUUGGCAUUAUUAUGCUGUCAGGGAAUACUUUCACGUUUCAAUUCUUGAUAUUUUUUUCAAGAUAGACAUGGAAAGAGAGCAUAAUUCUCUCUUGGUGGAAGACACCGAUGGAUUCACUCCAUUAGAACUCUGCUUUGAGGAGCACUUGAAGGAUGAAUACAUUGUUUUGUUCAUUGACUAUUGUGAUCAGAUGCCAAAUUUCUGGCAAGCUCACAGAUGCGUUUUUCCUCUUGCUGCAAGACGGGAGUAUAAAAAUGUCCUCAAGAAGCUUUUGGAGCUGAAUGUCAUCCCGAAGGCAAUAGGGCCAAGCGACAUGAGCCCACUACAUGAGCUGGGGCCAAUGUCAGAUUUAGAAACUGUGACGAUAUUGAAAACCCUCUAUCCUGGAGCAUGUCAACUCAGAGUUGGAGAUCACACCCCGUUGGAAUACUAUCUCAACAACAUCUUAUGCGGAUCGGAAUGCGUAACUUCAGAUGAAGUCUUUAUUCCAGAUAAAGACGUAAUUCAUAGUCUAUACUGCAAACCACUGUCAGAAUCCAGCCAAAUUGGUAGGACAGAAUUGUGGAGGUAUACAUGCAAGCUUUUGACACAAUUUAUCCAAACUUAUUGUCUCUGUACGCACCAUCGCGUUCAAAACCACAACCAAGUCAUUAGCAAAUCGAUUAUCGAAGUAACGAUAGAUCUUGGAGCGAUGAAGGACUAUGAAUCCCAAAUUGCCUUGUCUGGUGUCAAGCUGUUAUUCGAGGCUAUUCUCGAGGUCAGAGGCAAUAUUUCAGCCGUCCAUUAUAAUACCCAAGAGUUCAUAGGCACGAGCACAGUCGAAAAGGCCAUUAGUUCUUCGCAGUACUGGGAGCCCAACAGCCCGUGGGCAAUCGAGUUCUUGCGAGAGGUAAUCAUGUGCGAAGACCUCGCCACCGUCGGAUACCUCUUAGACAGCGGGCUAGAUCUCCAUCAGCGUCUGGGAACAGAGACAACAAUUGAGUACAUCUGUUCAGGAUCGAAUGCAGAAUGGUUAUGUAAUAGUGAGAAGGGAAAGGCGGUAUUCCAAUGCCUUCUAGAUCACUCUAACCCGGAAAAGCUUAAGGACUGGGACUACAGAGGACUGAGUCUCCUCCAUCGAAUUCAAACGGAAUCAGAUAAACCUGGACUUCACUGGUUAAUUCAUAAACUUGCUGAAAUGGGAUUGGAUGUCAAUGUUUUCAAUUCCUCACCAGAAAUGGCAGUACAUGAAAGAGCCCCACCAUUACUCUACCAUAUAUAUCAGAGAUCUCUCUUUUGUGCCUCGGUCUUAUUGGAACUUGGGGCUGAUCCUAAUCUGACUACCCCGGGCCACGAUGAUGGGCGGAACUCCAUUACGCUGGCUGCAUUUCGGGGUUAUACCUCUGUUGUAAAUGCAGCUUUAGCUUCUUCCAAGAAAUCUGGCCUCAAGAUCCGUUGGGGAGCACGCUUUACCAUGGGCCCAAUAAGUACGAAGAAUUCCCAAAUAGAGAACGGUUGCACCGCAAUCCAUGCGGCUUGUAUUAACGGCCAUCUGGACUGUGUCAAGUUUUUCAACGAACAAAGGCUUUUGAGUUUGGAGAGCCUGAAUAGUUCCCAGAAAACCCCCCUUCAUUUUUGUGCAAACGAGGGCUUCCCGGAUAUUGUGAAGUACUUAGUAGCAGCCGGUGUUAAGAUAGAUAGAAAGGAUGCGAACGGUGACACUCCUUUGCAUUUGGCUUCUCGCGAGGGGCAGACUCAAACUGUCAAGUUACUGGUAGAACUUGGCGCAACAGAUGGGAUGAACAAGAGGUUCAAGAGCCCUGCACUGCUUGCUUCAGAGUUUGGCCACCAAGAAAUCGCACAAUUUCUUGACCAGGAAUUUGGCAAGAGGUCGUACGGCGAGCCUCACCAAAUAUCUGCUAUGUCUCAGAUUCAAGAAAAGACGCUGCUCAGCAAAUUGUAUCCAGCAAUCGAAAACGGCAACAUCGAGAGGUGCCGAUUCCUCCUCACAAAAAAUUGCCCGCUAAAUAAGAAAAUGUCACCUUAUAAACGCACCCCCUUGCAAUAUUCCAUCUUCAAGAAUCAGCCAGAAAUUGCCAAGAUGUUCCUCGAUCAUGGAGCAAGCACAUUAAACAAUGUUUGGACGAUCAAGGUCGGGUAUCGACAAUAUACAUGUAACUAUUCGACAACAGAACUUGCAUCCUUACAGAAAAUGCCCAUGUCGUUACUUUCAAGCAUGCUAUCUCGAUUUCUACAUGAAGGCGGGGAUUUUCUGCAGUCCACUGAUUCACUGGGACUAAUUCCCAGCAUCCUCGAGGCCAGGAAUAUUCAGGGUAUGAGAACCGUUUUGAAUUUUUUGAACGAAAACUCCGAGAAAAUUAGUCGACGAAGCCAGUUAGAGCCUCAAGAAGUCAUCCCUUCAAUACUAAAUAAUCUAUACGAUUUGUACCAGGACGGGCGGCUGUCGACCCCUUUGCACUUUGCUACAUCUUGUGACCUAGUCGAGCUAAUGCAACUUCUUCUCGAGAAUGGGGCGAACCCUGACGCUUUGGAUUCAGUUGGCGUUAGUCCAUUAGAGGUGGUGCAGUCGAGCCCGGCGGCACAGCUUUUGAUUGAAUGGGAUGCCUCUGUUCCACCCUCCAUGGUUAUUGCAAACAUGAAAAUUAUCUCAGAGAAGCUAGUAUUCAUCAUGAAGCCAAGAAAUAUUGCGAGCACAUCUCAAAAUGCGUUCAGAAUCACCCUCAAUCAUGUUCUUAGGCGGUCUCUCUCUUGUCAGACUUUCUAUCGGAUGAGCAUCAAUGUCAAAAACUGGGGGUUUCUGCAAGAUUUAGAACUUGUGGGUGUAUCACUACAUGAUCAGAGAUUUGGGGACAUAAGUCUUAUCAAUGCUCUACUCCAUAAUUAUCAAAGGCAAGACUAUUUUCUCAACUCGCCACACCUUCUCGAUCAACUUGAGCCAUUCAACUGGCAGGUAUUGAUAACUGGCUAUAUACCGCCCUUUCUUAAUAAGUUAUUUCGCCACUAUAGCCGACGACUUUCGCGAGACGACUUCCAAAGAUGGGCAAAUCUACAGCCCGAAAAGGGCUGGAGCCCGCUGUGUAGAGCCGCUUUAUUUGGACAUGUUGUCUUGAUCAAAAACUGUCUUUCUCUUGGGGCGGAGAUUGAUUUUGAAGGAUGCCCGCUUGGCUCUGCUCUCAUGGUUGCAAGCACGUGUGGCCAGCUUGAAUCCGUGAAAAUACUUAUUAAGCAUGGUAGUGCAAUAUCCUACACUGGGAAAGAGGGCACAAUGAGCGCCCUUUCAGUAGCUCGAUCCAAGGCCGUACGCCGCUUCCUCCUGGUUGGCCAAUUUCAAGGACCUAAAGCAAUUGGAGACGCAGAUCCCAGAGACAAUAGCUCUGAUGAUAAUAAGAUUAGGUAUUGGAGUGGAAUAGCCCAGGCUCGCUUGAGAUUGGACCCAUAUAUUCAAGACCCAGAGUUAUCUAGGUUGGAAUACGCGAUUGCUCUUAGCAGGAUUAGGGUGGAGAUGAGAGGUCGAGUUGCGAGCAUCAUUGACGGGGUUCAGUACUCUGGGAGCGAUGGUUCUAUAGCUAUGAUCAAGAACGCAGGACCAAAGAUAUACUGGGAGUAA